UAUUAAAUGGGAAUGAAUUUAAUUGAGGGUGUGAGAGUCUUCCGGCUUGUAGUUCUCGCGAGGUAAAAUUUGAUGGGUUUGUUGUAACCCCCCUCCCUUCCGUUUGCAGUUAUUUUCCCUCCCUCCUCCAGUACCUAGUGUAUCCAGCUGCAGGAGAUCUGGAGGUAGCUUUUGGUGUUGAAUUCUUAGUUCAAUUAGUAAUCUGUAAGUGGUGGUCAAGACUGACUUUUGCUAGUUAAGCGAGGCACAUCUGCCUAAGGCUGCACUAAGGGGGAGCUGUUUCUUGUGUAAAUAUAACGUCGUUUGGUGGGAUUAAAGAAGACAUGUAGUUAAGCAUCUUUCCGUGCCACAAAUCAUCAUUCAUUUUUUGCACUCUGUGGUUACACAUACAAGAAAACAAACGAGGGAAAGUCGCUUAUGAUGACUGAAGAAACAUCCGACGUUCCCAAGGAACUAAUAGACAGCGUCAGGGAUGCGCUUGGCAGAAAGAUUAAAAUAGCGGUGAAGAAACGAAUACGGUUAGAAAUCAAAGGUGAUAAAGUGGAGAACAAAGUUUUGGUGCUUGCAUCAUGUCGUGCCUUUCUGUUGACAGCCCGGAUCCCCACAAAGCUCGAAGUGUCUUUCAGCUACUUAGAAAUUCAGUCAGUCAGUUCCUGCAAACCUGGUCAGCUGACUAUUGAUACUGAGAAAUACAGCUUUUCCAUGAAGAUGGCCACUUCAGAAGAUGUCAAUGAAGUUGUGGCACACAUAGGAACAUGUCUCAGGAAGAUAGUACCAGGCUUGUCUCCACUUAAGGUAAUGAAAAAAGUGACGAUGGAGCCAGCAGAACGCUUGACAAACCUACAGGCCUUGUGGGAGAGUCAGACAGUGACGGAACCCGGACCUUGUGGGGGUUUUUCCCAGAUGUACGCCUGUGUUUGUGAUUGCCUUGGAUUCCCCUAUAGGGAAGAAGUCCAGUGGGAUGUGGACACAAUUUACCUAACACAGGAUACCAGGGAAUUGAAUUUACAAGACUUCAGUCAUCUAGAUCACAGGGACCUAAUACCCAUAGUAGCAGCUCUGGAGUAUAAUCAGUGGUUCACAAAGCUAUCGACGAAGGAUCUUAAACUGUCUAGUGAUGUUUGUGAUCAGAUCCUAAAGGUGGUCAGCCGGUCUAGUCGUUUGGAAGAACUGGUGCUAGACAAUGCAGGCCUUAGAAUGGAUUUUGCACAAAAACUUGCCAACGCCCUCUCCCAUAAUCCCAGCUCUGCACUUCAAGUCAUCAACCUUGCCAAUAACCCACUUGAAGACAGAGGUGUGUCAUACAUGAGUGCCCAGUUUGCCAAACUUUCAAAAGGACUGAAGCAGCUAAAUUUGUCUAAAACAUCCUUAACAUCUAAAGGUGUUAACAGUCUUGCUCAGUCACUGAGUGCCAACCAACUGAUACCGAGCACCCUUACUCAUCUUGACCUCUCAGGGAAUGUUCUUCGAGGUGAUGACUCCUCCGCUUUAUAUAACUUUUUAUCACAGCCAAAUGCCAUUAUUCACCUGGAUUUGUCAAAUACAGACUGCUCGGUAGACACGGUAUGUGGCGCACUUUGCCGGGGCUGCAUCCAGAAUCUCCGAACACUCAACCUUUCCAGGAAUGUUUUCAGUUACAGGAAAGGAAAGGAAGUUCCGCCCUCUUUAAAAAUGUUCUUCAGCAGCGCACAGGCUUUGGCACACGCUAACAUGUCAGGCACCAAACUUGCUCCUGAGACACUGAAAGCACUUUUACUGGGCCUUGCCUGUAAUCAGCAACUGAAAGAGGUAUCUGUGGACCUCAGCAGCUGCGAGAUUGGUCAUUGUUUAAGGUCUGCUGGUGGUCAGAUUUUAGAAGGCUGCAUAGCGGAAAUUCAUAAUAUUUCAAGCCUGGACAUUUCAGACAAUGGUUUAGAGGCUGACCUUGCAACCCUCAUUGUCUGGCUUAGCAAAAAUAGGUCAAUAAGACACUUGGCAUUAGGCAAGAACUUCAACAAUAUUAAAUCUAAAAACCUGGCACCGGUGCUUGAUAAUUUGGUACAUAUGAUACAAGACGAGGAUUCACCCUUGCAGUCAUUGUCUCUGGCAGACUCUAAACUGAAGACAGACCUGACAAUAAUUCUCAAUGCAUUGGGCAGCAACACAUCACUGACUAAACUGGACAUUAGCGGAAAUGGAAUGGGAGAUAUGGGAGCCAAGAUGCUUGCAAAGGCUCUGCAAAUCAACACCAAGCUGAGGACUGUGAUCUGGGACAAGAAUAAUAUUUCUGCACAAGGCUUUCAGGAUAUUGCAGUUGCUCUUGAAAAGAAUUACACACUGAGAUUUAUGCCCAUCCCUAUAAAUGAUGCAUCUCAAGCUUUGAAAACAAAUCCAGAAAAAACAGAAGAAGCAUUGCAAAAAAUUGAAAAUUAUUUACUUCGCAAUCAUGAAACCAGGAAGUUUCUGCAGGAACAGGCUUAUCGACUACAGCAAGGCAUUAUAACUAGUACCACCCAGCAGAUGAUUGACAGGAUGUGCGUCAAAGUGCAAGAUCAUCUCAAUUCGUUAAAGAACUUUGGCACCGAUGCUGUUAUAGAAGAUGUGAAACUAGCUGAAAAUAUCAUGAAGGAUGCCAAGAAUUCUAAAACCCUGUUACCCAAACUGUAUCAUCUUGGAGGAGCUUCCUGGGCUGGAGCUAAUGGCUCGUUAUCUAGUCCAAUUCAGCAAACACUGGAAUCAAUGGCAGGGGAGGUCACACGUGUUGUAGAUGAACAACUAAAGACCCUGUUAGAAUCCAUGGUUGAUGCUGCUGAUGGCCUUUGUCCUCAUGUGAUGAAAAAGGCAAACCUUCAUCAAGACCUGAUUGAGGCCAGUACAGAGAAGAUCUCAAUUCCUCGUACAUUUGUUACAAAUGUGCUCCUUGAACAGUCUGGCAUUGAUAUACUUAACAAAAUCAGUGAAGUGAAGCUGACAGUGGCCUCGUUCCUCUCAGACCGAAUUGUUGAUGAAAUUUUAGAAGCACUUUCAAGCACCCAACAUAAACUGGCUGACCAUUUAAUAGGGCGAGGGAAAUCACUUCCACAUCAGGAGUCACUGGAGAUAGAAGUAAUAGAAGACAAGCCAACUAAGCGCACUACAGUCACAUCUUAUGACCUGACAGAAUUUGAACGUCUGGAAGAAUUAGAUUCAUGCAUGACCCUCUGCUGUACCAGUAUGACUCCCAAGUCCAAGAGGAAAAGCAUCCACAGCAGAAUGCUGCGUCCUGUUUCAAGAGCUUUUGAGAUGGAGUUUGACCUGGAUAAGGCACUGGAAGAAAUCCCUAUUCAUGUAGAAGAUGUACCGUGCACUCCAACAAAACACGAAAAACGACCUCCAAGUGCUAUGCCUGAGCUUCCCUCUGAAGAGGCAAAGAAACUGGAACAUUUUACAAAGCUACGACCAAAGAGAAACAGGAAGCAGCUACCUAGCAAAGCCGCUGUAAGCACUACAGCAGCUGUUGAAGGAGAGCAGAAUGGCCUUAUGGGAAGAGUGGAUGAAGGUGUAGAUGAAUUUUUCACCAAAAAAAUAACAAGAAUGGAUACUAAGAAAUCUUUAAGAAGUUUGGAAUCUCAGGAAUGUACUGAAGGAGAAGAAAAGAAAAAAAGGGACUCAAGAAAAAGUGGUUUUCUUAAUUUGAUUAAGUCUAGAUCUUCAAAAUCUGACCGUCCACCUCCUACAGUAGUAAAUGAAGAACCUGCAUCACCUAAAAGUGCUGUCAGGAGUCCAGCUCCAGACGUAAAUAAAAAAGAACUAAAAGCAGCUGACCAUAAUGGCAGUGCAGAACAGAGUGAGGAGCUAAAGACACCAGAUUCUCUUGAAGAACAUCAUCCAGAGGAAGUUGGUAAAAGUGAUAGCAAGAGCAGCCCUCAAGGUGGACGGAGGUAUGGAGUGCAGGUGAUUGGUAGUGGACUUCUAGCAGAAAUGAAAGCUAAACAGGAAAAGAGAGCGGCCUUUGCCCACAAGGAGAAUAUAAACACAGACCAUCUAGAUGGAAGUAGUGCAGAGAAGACAAAAACAGAACCAAAGACAGAGCCUGGAGCAAGGCCGAGAACUUCGUCUAAUACAACAACUAGUCCUAAACCACCUAUCCAGGCUACAAAACCUAGUACACCCAUUCGACCCACUGUUCCUCUGAAACCUAGAUCUGCCUCUCGUACAGAAGACAUUCCUGAUUCUCCAUCUGGCCAGGGAUCCCCUAAGGCUGCUUUGGUUCCAAGCCUUUUAAAGAAGGUUUCAACUGACAAAGAAAAGGAUGGACAGAGCAGUAGUCCUCAGCACAGUGGAUUUGCUGCCUGGUCAUCAUCACAAGAAGAACAAACAAGACAAAGUAACAAACCUGAUACAGUUCAGGACUCUGAAAAGCCAGCCAGUGGAGGGAAAAUAACAUCAAGGCAGUUCUCUACCAGUGCAGCUGAGGAAGUGAGCGAGCGUGAGCGCAGGAAGUCACAGCCAAGACCUGUGCGGCCUGCUUCCAUGAGUGAGGAUUCUCCAAAACGAAGUCAAGAGUACCAGCAAUCGACACCAGAAGAACAAGACAGAAAGAAAUCCUCAAAUAAUAAAAAUGGACAGCAUGGAAAUAAGUCAAGUGAUUCUGGAGAAGAAGUGGAAAAGGAAUUUAUUUUUAUUUAAAUAAAAAUUCAGACUGUGCAGCACAAUUCUCUAACAUUUUAAUCAGGGUUCAGAAGCUGUAAAGACUUUUUUCUUGAGCCACCAGCUACUGAGUUAAAAAAAAAAAUCAGUUUUUCAUUUUUAGCUAUUCUGAUUUUUACACUGAACUUUAAUUUGACUGUAAUGAAAUAGAUCUUAAAUGCUUUUUCACUUUUUUUAAUCAUUACAAUUUCUGCCUUCACCUUUGCUAGAGCCAGUAUUUUUAUGUAAAGUACUUGAAUCUUUCUAAAGCAGCUAUAAAGAAUGCUGAUGCUAAGGCAUCUGCAAGCAAAGCAAUUUGAACUGGACACUUUCUUAAUGUUUCUACACUGUACAGCAGAUGAUGUAUGUAUUACUGAGUCCUAUGUGCACGUGAGAUAUAUAUUCCUGUAUGCAAACAAGCACUAACAGAGCACACUAAUUAUUUGAUUUGUAUAAAUUAUAUAUAUAAAUAUUAUAUAAAUAUAUAUAUAUAACAGGUGCUGCUGCUUGGGUAUUAUUUUUUAAAUUCUUUAGUAGGGAGCUUUGUUUUGCCUGUACAUAGAAUUUAGUUGUUUCUGUUGAAAGUACUGCCAUAAGCACAAGAAAGAACAGUAAUUUUUGGAAAUGCAUUUAUAAUGUUAUUGGUAGUCUUGUAUUUCAUCUCUGAAUGUAAGGGACAUUUUCAUUUUAUUGUCAUUCAUUUUUUCCUUACCAGUCCUCUCUGAUACAUUUUUGUGUUUGUGUUCUUGUCUCUCUUAAUAUUUUUGUGAACACCAUAAACAUGCAGUUGUCCUGUAGUUCAAAUCAAGUGUAUAUCUGUGCCAAUAAACUGAUUUUACAACAGAA